UUGGAUUAAGUUACCUAAUGUGCUUUAAGAUUUUGCAUCUAUGUUCAAAAGUGAAAUGGGCACAUAAUUUUCUUUUUGUUCAUUUGUUUGUUUUUCCAGCUGUAUUAAACUAUAAUUAACACCUAACAUUGUGUAAGCUUAUGUAAAGAUCACCCACAAUAAAGUUAACUGAUGCAUCCAUCACCUCAGAUAAUUACCAUUUUUUUGUUAUUGUGGUGGUGAGAACAUUGGAGAUCUGCUUCCCAGUGGUUAAGAAUCCACCUUGCAAUGCAGGGGACACAGGUUUGAUCCCUGGUCAGGGAACUAAGAUCCCACAUGCCUUUCGGAACAACUGAAUCUAUGCAUUGCAACUACUGAAGCCCACGAGCUCUGGAGCCCACACCAAAACUAAGACUGAAUGCCGCCAAUAAUUAAUUAAUUACUUAAUUUUAAAAAUAAUUUUAAAAGAUCUACCCCUUAGCAGUUUUCAAGGGUACAGUAUUGCUGCCUGUAGUCACCGUACUGUAGCUUAGAUCCCCCAGAACUUAUUCGUCUUAUACUUGGAAGCUGGUACCCUUUGACCAACAUCUCACCACCCCUUACCCUCUGUUUCCUGGCAACCACCAGCCUACUCUCAGUUCCUGUGAGUAUGGCUUUUUUAGGUUCCACAUAUAACUGAGAUCGUACAGUAUUCGUCUUUCUAGACGUCUUCGCUUAGCGUAAUGUCCUCAAAGUUCAUCCGUGUAGUCACUAUGCUUUCCAUUCUCGUGUUGUCCUUGUACGACUGAGGAGUCAAGAUGACUGUACUGAUCCCUGGAUUAGCGAUAUGGAGAUCACUGGUGAUCUAAGAAAAGCAGUCUGCUUGGAGUGGCGGGGCACAGGCCCUAGAGGAGUAAGAUCAAGGGAGACUAAGAGGAGAGGAAGUGAAGACGACGGCAGUGACAGUGAGCUGGAGCUGUCCGCAGCACGCCACCAGCCAGAGGGGCUGGACCAGCUGCAGGCACAGACCAAGUUCACCAAGAAGGAGCUGCAGAGCCUCUACAGGGGCUUCAAGAACGAGUGCCCCACAGGCCUGGUGGACGAAGACACGUUCAAACUCAUUUACUCACAGUUCUUCCCUCAGGGAGAUGCCACCACCUACGCACACUUCCUCUUCAACGCCUUCGACGCCGAUGGGAAUGGGGCCAUUCGCUUUGAGGACUUUGUGGUUGGUCUCUCCAUCCUGCUGCGAGGGACAGUCCAUGAGAAACUCAAGUGGGCCUUUAACCUCUACGACAUCAACAAGGAUGGCUACAUCACCAAAGAGGAGAUGCUGGCCAUCAUGAAGUCCAUCUAUGACAUGAUGGGCCGCCAUACCUACCCUAUUCUGCGAGAGGACGCGCCCCUGGAGCACGUGGAGAGGUUCUUCCAGAAAAUGGACCGGAAUCAGGAUGGGGUGGUGACCAUCGACGAGUUCCUGGAGACCUGUCAGAAGGACGAGAACAUCAUGAGCUCCAUGCAGCUGUUUGAGAACGUCAUCUAGGACUUGUGCAUGGGGAAGGUGGGGGGAUCCCUGAGUGGCUGUUGCCACCUCUGCCCCCAAAGAAACCUCAGUCCUGCCGGGAGCAACCUCCAUGAGAAACUUUUUUCUAAUAUAUUUGCACAAAGUGAA